AUGACUUGGGACCAAAAUCGAAUGCGCGCUCAAUUUUGCCAUGCACUCUCCGAAAUGUACAAGAGCGAGGUACCUCUAUACGGCGACCUCAUCGACGUAGUCUACGAGGCAGACGCAAAAGCCAUUGAAAACAGCCAAGAGUCCGGAUUUUCAGUCAUCGAUCCCGAUGAUAUCCUACCGUCUCGACACCGCGUCGAGAGACACGGCGCUAUCCGACUAGGUACCGCAUUCGAGCUAGCCACCAUACGUCGCAUGUUUGCUGUGAUGGGAAUGUACCCCGUGGGCUACUACGACCUCAGUCUAGCCGGUUUCCCCAUGCAUGCCACUGCUUUCCGGCCCACGACGCAGCAAGCACUUGACAUCAAUCCAUUUCGUGUAUUCACCACUGUUCUGCGAAUGGAACUUUUGACGGAGAAAACACGAGAGCUGGCACAAAAGGCGUUAGAUCAACGUACCAUAUUCACUCCCCGUCUUCUUGAGUUACUGGAUAUUGCAGAGAGUCAGGGAUCCUUAACGCCUGAGCUAGGCACGGAGUUCAUCGCAAAUGGGUUGGAAACAUUCCGCUGGCAUUCAAAAGCUACUGUCACUCUUAAUGAAUACGAGCAGCUCAAGGCGGAGCACCCUCUGAUUGCGGAUAUUGUUUCAUUCCCAAGCUCACAUAUCAACCACCUCACGCCUCGAACGAUUGAUAUCGAUCUGGUCCAGAAACUGAUGCUGGAUCGCGGGAUGCCCGCCAAAGAGCGCAUUGAAGGCCCACCGAAGCGGGUGUGUCCUAUUCUUCUUCGACAGACAAGUUUCAAAGCACUCGAGGAGCUUGUUGAUUUCAGAGACACAUCUGAUUCGCACGUGAAAGGCUCCCACACGGCGCGCUUUGGUGAAGUUGAGCAGCGAGGAUACGCUUUGACUCGAAAGGGACGCUACCUCUAUGAUCAGAUCCUUGAGCAAGUCAAUUCAAAAGCUGCUGAAAAGGGUGUCAAAGGCAGUGACUAUGAUCAAUUAUUGGAAACUUGUUUCCACGAGUUUCCUGAUACUUUGUCUAGUCUUCAUGAUCGGGGCCUGGCAUACUUCUCUUACAAGAUAACACCACUGGGCGAGAAAUCCCUCCGUUCCAGCGUUGAGUCUCCGCCAGAUACAGCGGCAGCCGUCUCACUUCAGGAUCUUCUAGCCCAAGGGACGAUCGCGUAUGAGCCCCUCACAUACGAAGAUUUCCUUCCGCUAUCCGCAGGCGGAAUCUUCAACUCAAACCUGGGCAGUGUUUCUCUGUCAAAGAAAUUGAUCAUGGGUGCGGAUCCGGACCUUGACGGCUUCCAGCGCCUCCUUGGAGCUUGUGUCGCCGAUGAGUUCCACUUAUAUGAAGAGAUGCAAAAGCGAUCUUUGGAGGUCUGUAGACAGACGCUGCAGCUACAGACAAUCACAGUCUAG